UAACCUAACUAAUAUGAACCUAUGUACUUUGUCAUUUUAGUGGAAGUGCCCACAGCUAAAGUAAGCAGUCAACAGUUUUAUUUCACGCAUGGGCAAAGAAAAUCCAUUAAGCUCGUCUAUGGUGGUUAUCAGUAUGUUAAGUUCAUGGAGAAUUCAAAAGGUGUUAAAUGGAUUUGUUCUACCAGAUCGACAACGAAAUGCAGGGCACGAGUACGCACCACAAAAAAUUCUGAGCUGGAAGUGCUACAUGCGAACCACAACCAUUCUUUCAUUCAAAAGAAUUAUGCCCGAAAAGUGGAUGGGGAAACCAAGCUUAACGCGAAGCCCGACAUAAAGCCAACAAAUGUCUCCUAAUAAAGGUACAUAAAGAAGUAGUAAA